AAAUGGAACCAAAAUUUUCCCAUUCUGAUGAUUUAGAUGAAAGUUCUUCAGAAGAUGAGUCGGAAUGGAGGUACAAUAUAUUCAGUCAGGAAGAACAGAGAGACAAUAAUUCAAAUAUUAUUGGUGAACCUAAUGUUCAGACUGAUAUCCAACAAGGCCCUACAGAGGUACAAGGGGACGCCCAUCCUUCUACAGACACAGUAAGUGCUGAGGAAGAUAUCUCUAUACGGGACAGUAGCGCUACGCAACGUGAGACAAAUCGAGAAGAAACACUUGAUGGCCAAGAUACAACCCGUACAGAUGUGAAUGAUCAAGAGACGAGGAUUCCAUUACGUCGAUCCACUAGGGAGCGAAGACUACCUAUGCGAUAUAGAUCGAACGAGUUCGAGAUGUCAAAGUCUGCGAUAUCAUUGACACAAGAUUGGAAGGACAGAAUCAACUGCCUUACAUCUUUAGCAGCUAAUUCACCCUUAUUAGAAAACUUGCGUUCUGAAGCGGGGAAGGCAAUACUGGACAUAUUGACGUCACAUCCAUCUCAGACUUUGAAGUGAAAUAAAAUGUCGGGACGUCAUUUUUUCAAACCAGGGGGAGUAUGUGACAGAGUGAAAUUUGUAAUUAAUUUUAUCAAUUUAUAAUGAUGAAUUAAUUUAUUAUUAUUUAUAGAAUAAUUUGCAACACAUGAGUUUGUUGAAUAUGAAUAUAUUUAUAGUACUGUAAGUUACUUUUGAAUUUAGUAAGUCACUCAUUUGAAUAUUUUUAACUUUUACAUACUGUAACUAUAUUUAGAGGGAAUACCUUUUCCUUGUAUUUGAUUGGUCAGUUAUGGUCAAUUGUAAAGAAUUUGAUCAUGUGAUAAUUUUGGAGGGAAUUUGUCUAUUGUGUUAAGUAGUUCCUGUGCUGCAGUCAUUGUUGAAAGUAUCAGUCAGUUUAUUGAUUUAUUUUUAUACUUUGGAACUUAUUCUCAUAAUCAGAAUGCUCAAGAUCAGAUGAUGUAC